UGAAUUAUUUGCUGGGUCAACUGUAUUAAGGCUAAUCGUUUAUCUGUAUAAUUUACAUAAAAAUAUGUUAACUUUUAUUCGGUGAUUAUAACUGUAUAUUAGACAAGAUGGAUCUUAGCAUAUUUCUUUUACAACUUGUUGCGUUCCUGGAUUUAUUAGCAGUUGGCUUAAUUGUUCCCUUGGUUCCUAAUCAUAUUCGCCAAUUGGGUGGAAACCAUAUAUAUGUCGGCUUGCUAGGGUCAAUAUAUUCAGGAUUUCAAUUAGGAUCAGGCCCUCUCAUAGGGAGUCUUAGUGACCUUAAAGGUCGAAGAACUAUACUGAUGCUUACACUGCUCUUGUGUGCAGGAGUUUAUACAAUAAUGGGGUUCAUUUCAUCAAUAGCUGUUAUUUUAAUAUUAAGAGGAAUGCUUGGUCUCUUUAAACAAACACAACUGUUGACAAAGGCUUUAGUGCCUGAUUAUGAGAGCAAUCAACAAAAACAGUCUGUUAUAUAUGGUAAAAUGGCUGCCAUAUCUGGUGUAGGUAUUACUUUAGGACCUGUUAUCGGAGGACACAUAGUAGAAGAUCAUCCCGAGAAUGGUUUUAUGUAUAUUGCUAUUAUUGUCGGGUUUUGUUUCCUUGUUAAUUCAGGAUUGGUUUAUUUCCUGCCUGCAACCAAUAAGAAAACGACAAAAGAAACAAAAAGCAAAGAACAAGACAGUGUAUUGGAUAAAAUUAUAACCAGCAGCAAGCAAUCUGUAGUUGAACUGUCAAAAAUACCUUGGGCUGAAUACUGGGAUGUCUUUCUACUGAAAGCCUUAAUAAGUUUUGCAAUGGCUGUUUACUUCUCUAACUAUUCAUUAUAUUUAAAAACAAUAUAUGAGCUAUCCCCUAAAUACAUAGGAUAUGUUAUAUCAAUCCAGGGUGUGAUCUCAUCUGUUUCUAGUUUCUGUAUAGGUUAUAUUAAUAAAUUUUAUUCAUACGAUAUUGAUUAUAGUGUAAGGAAUUUACAUAUGUUUAUUCUUGUUGGUGUUUCAUUGAUGGGAAUGAUUUUAGCAACAAAUGUUUAUAUGUUCAUUGUUUGUCUGCUACCUUUAGCUGUUGGUAGUGCUGUAGGUAGAUUAGUUUCUUUAGAAAUGGUAUUAACAAGAUGUAAAGGGAAACAUAGAGGGACUCUUAUUGGAGCAACAAAUAGUGUGACAUCUUUAUCUGGAGUUAUUGCUCCCAUGGUGGCGGGAUUCAUUGGACAAUACUUUGGGGUGGCAUAUGGUUUAUAUGCAUCGUUAUUUGCAACAUUGCUCGGAGUUGCAUUGAGCUAUCAAUAUAGGAGGAAAAACAAAGUUGAUUAAGAUAAAAUGUAUUCAAGGAUUUACAUAAUGUUGGUUAAAAUAGAUUGUAAAUUUAAUAAAUUUAUACAUGUUUUAGA